GCAGGGCCGUCGCUGAAGAGCAUCUGCGGCUCUCGGUGAGCAGCUGUCCCAGCUCAGUGUUAAGGAGCUCCGGGAGAGAAGCUGAAGGAAUCCGCGCAGAGAGGGAUCAUGGCUGCUAACAUGGGGUCCAUGCGCAUCCUCAUCAAGGGAGGAAAGGUGGUCAACGAUGACUUCACCCAGGAAGCAGACGUUUACAUCGAGAACGGCAUCAUUCAGCAGGUCGGAAAGGAGCUCAUGAUACCCGGCGGGGCUAAGGUGAUCGACGCGUCCGGGAAACUGGUGCUGCCGGGCGGGAUUGACACCAGCGUGCACCUGCAGCAGACCUUCAUGAACGCCAGCAUCCAGGACGACUUCUACAACGGGACCAAGGCGGCUCUGAUGGGUGGUACCACCAUGGUGAUGGCUCUGGUGCUUCCCGAACAACACUGCUCCCUGCUGGACGCCUACGAAAAGUGCCGCGCUCUGGCCGACGCCAAGACGUGCUGCGACUACUCUCUGCACGUCGGGGUGACCUGGUGGGGGCCGAAGGUUCAUAAUGAGAUGGAGACCCUGGUCCGGGAGCAUGGAGUGAACUCCUUUCAGAUGUAUAUGGCCUACAAAGACAUGAUGAUGCUGCGUGAUUCCGAGCUCUAUCAGACGCUGCAGACAUGCAAGGACAUCGGCGCCAUCGCUCGAGUCCACGCGGAGAACGGAGAGCUGGUGGCAGAGGGGGCCAAAGAAGCUCUGGAUUUAGGCAUAAGCGGACCAGAGGGAAUAGAGAUCAGUCGACCAGAAGAGCUUGAAUCUGAAGCCACACACAGAGCCAUCACCAUCGCCAACCGGGCCCGCUGUCCCAUCUACCUUGUGAAUGUCUCCAGUGUGUCUGCUGGAGACAUGGUUGCUGCUGCUAAGAUGCAAGAUAAGGUAGUCUAUGCUGAGACCACAGUGGCUCAUGCAGUGCUCAGUGGGAUGCAGUAUUACCACCAGGACUGGGCUCAUUCUGCCGCCCAUGUCAUCGUCCCUCCUCUCCGCCUCGACCCAAACACCCCCGGCUACCUCAUGGGCCUGCUGGCAAAUGACACGCUUAGCGUUGUGGCAUCAGAGCACCGUCCCUUUAACACCAAGCAGAGGGCUCUGGGCAAAGAGGAUUUUACAAAGAUCCCUCAUGGAGUGGCUGGAGUCCAGGACAGGAUGAGUGUCAUUUGGGAGAGGGGAGUGGUUACAGGAAAGAUGGAUGAGAACCGUUUUGUGGCCGUAACAAGCUCCAACGCAGCAAAGAUCUACAACAUGUACCCGCGCAAAGGCCGCAUCAUCCCCGGGGCGGAUGCUGAUGUAGUGGUCUGGGACCCCGAUGCAACAAAGACAAUCUCUGUGACCACUCAAGUUCAAGGUGGUGACUUCAACCUGUACGAGGGGAUGCGCUGCCACGGAGUUCCCCUGGUCACCAUCAGCCGGGGGCGUUUGGUGUGUGAGAACAGCAUGUUCAUGUGCGCAGAGGGAUCCGGAAAGUUUUACCCGUUGCACACUUUUCCUGACUACCUCUACAAGAAGAUGGUCCAGAGAGAGAAGACUCAGUCUUACAAAGGGGUUGCCAGGGAUCCCUAUUCUGGUGAUGUAGCCAAGGUUGCAAACACAAUUAAAAGGGAGCUUGGCUUGGGACCCAUUGAUGGAGAGUCGUCCAACAAAGCUUCUGCUCGCAUACACCAGGGAGUCAGAGAUCUACACGAGUCGUCCUUCAGCCUCUCGGGCUCUCAGGUUGACGACCACAUCCCGAAAAGGUCCUCAGCUCGGAUCCUGGCCCCUCCCGGUGGCCGAUCCAGUGGUAUCUGGUAAUCUUUGGUGCCGGAGCUUCAACCAUCUAGUGUUUCUUAGGUUCUGAACAACCAAGAAAAACUGCACUGCUUUUUUAACCACAGGAGUAGAAUCAAACUGGAAUUAAGAUCGAAUUUGUGUGUUAUUUGGGUGAACUCAAGGGCUACAGGAAAUUUUAAUCUCUUGAUAAAUUCAAGAGCUCGUCAUCAUCACGCUCUUGGGAAGAAGAGCAACCCAACCUGUGAGAGACAGAAACCAGUACAGUUUUUGAUGGUUCAAACUGAAGUGAUGUCGACUGGAUUAUUUAAAAAAAAAAUGGUGAAACUGUAAUUUCUUGCAAACUUUUCACACACCGACAUGCGGUACACCGUAGCUUUAGCCUCAUAGGAAGAUGUGUGCGGGCUCUGUGAUCAAACUUCCUGCUGCUCCAUUUACCGUGUUUUUGUCCUUGGUGGACCAACUCAGCCUUGUGGUGAUGAAAUCCAAAUGCUUCAAACACCGUCGGAUCUUGUAGAACACACCGCUAAUCCUCACACUUUCACUGGAAUCCAAAAUAAACAAGUGCACUGCAGAUUUUUUGGGCUGGUUAUUGUUUCAGAAUAGAUAAAUGCUAAUACCCGUCAACAAAUUUCAGCGUUUACUUCUGGAAGGUAAAGUGGGGAUGAAAAAAGGAUCUAUGUACUGAGAGGUAGCAUAGCACCCCCAACACAUCUGACAUAUUUUGGAAAUUCUAAAAAAAAUGUUUAAAAGAUGUGGGAAACUGAUUACCAUCAAGUUGUACGUGAAAGAUGUUUAUAGACUGUACUCUAAGGACUUUAUCAGACCAGGAUAAGACUGGGAAAUUCCUCCAGUUCAAUUCCCAAUAAACGUUACAGCUUCAUUUGCUUUGAUUAUCUUUUUGUUAUUAGUUUAAUCAGCUACUUCAUUGGGCUAGCAUAACCUGGAAUGAGCAUUAAAGACUUGCAACUUCCUGAUUCUCCUCAUUACCUUUGGACAUUUUCCAACUUUUGCUAUAAAUCUUUUUAUUUUCUCACUAUGCACAUUUUGUCAGCAAAAUACUGAACAAAAACAGAUGGCUUAUACUAACAGUAUUCUUUCUGCUUUCCUUCUGUUUCGUUUGUUGGACCCACCAACCAAGCCAGGCGCAGUUCCCCCUAGAACCACUAGGGGCUGGUGUAGUUCUGUACCACUGAAAUGGGCACAGUUUCAGUUGAAUUUAAAUUGUUCUUUUUUUCUGUUGUUAGACUUUACUGACUGAAUUUUUAUAAACUACUUUUUAUGUUUUUCACACAACCUUUGAUUGACAGGUGGUCAUAAAGCGCUCAGCUUUCGAAUUGCCUCUGUGGGCUUGUUCAAAAAGUUCUUCCACUUGCUUGUCAUGCCCAUUUGCUCAGUUUCUAACAUUGACAGUAAAAUAAGAACUGGAUCGAACAGCCCCACCCCCUCGUGUUACAAACAGGAAGUACCCGCUCAUCCCAAAAAUCUAAAAUCCCAUAGACUUCUAUAGACAAAUAAACAGCUAUUACUCAGUCAUUCUAUUGGUCAGAAUAAACAGUCUUGCUCUGCGACCUGUUAUUAACAUGUUCUUGUUAAUCCUCAUUUUUUUCGUUAUAUUUUUGUUGUAGCACAAGUUAAACAAGUAAUAAACUGACCAGUCAAGACAAGACGCCUCAAUAAAAGUAGGUAGCUCCUAAGGCCGCUAUCAGUGGUGGGGGUGUGGCCUUCUAACAUGCUCACUACUGAUUCGAGAUAGAAAAUGUAGACUGACCAAUCACGACUUACUGAGGACGUCUGGUUCCAACAUUCUGAAGGACAUAUGGCAGGAAAACGGCAAUUGAGUUGACUUUAUUUGAUUGGAACCAGAAGCAAGGCAUCUUCUAUGGGUGACGUCCAGUUACAUAUCAUACUGUCAAUGGUUCUGAAACAGCAUGGGGUUUGGUGACAUCACAAGACAAGUGGUCACGUGAUCACGCAUUCUGUCCUCUUCUUUUGACCUUAUGGCUCACUUUCUGAUUCAGGCUGUAGACGAACCACUCUAGGAAUGACCUGCAAAGGAAAUGAGAUUAACAUUUGACCAGGGCCCCCCCCUCGUUCGGUCUGCAUCGGAGUUUUACACUUGCUGUAAUAAACAAGCCUUCCUCAGCGAUCAAAUCUCCAUCUGGACCGAACGCUGCCUUCUAAAAUGACACAGGAACUAGAUAAUCUGUUAAAAGAUGAGCAUUAACUGCCUUCAUUGAUAAAUACGUGAGGCCUCACUGUGAACAAAAGAUGGCUGUGUUUCUGUGUGGUCUGAAAAGUGAAACCGACUGUUGUUAAAGCACCAAGAUUGAGCUGCACAGGUAGACAAGAAAACACAGAUCCUUUCAUUCCUGCCUACCAGUAUUAUAUUUAUUCAUGACCUUUGUGUCCUGGUACUCUAUAUCCUUUGGGUGUUUUCUUGAAAGAAUAUACAGUAUGUGCCAAUGGGAAUCCUCUGUGCCACACUUUCACCAAUGCAUGAAGGGCACCAAGCAGAGGAGAAGGCCACAGGUUCAUAAAAACUGGUGCUGUUUUUCUAGAAUUACAUUGAUGUUAUUUCAUUGUGGGACGGUUUUGUUGUUGCAUUGAAGGCACUGUAACUCCUCAGUGGCUGUGUGUGUUUGUGGAUUCUUGUUGUGUUGGACAGUGAACCUGUUGAAUCUGUAAGUGGCUGCUUGUUUCUUACCACAAUAACCGCAAAUAAAAAAAAUUGCAAAAGCAGAA